UUUUAAAGCACGAAUAUUUUUAUGACAAUAGUUUUUGCAGACAAAAUAUAUCAAAGGGAAAAUAUAUUUAAUGACCCGCUCACUAACAAGCACAGUAAUAUGGCGACUUCCAUGGAUUCGUUAUGCGAGGACUUUCUUGAAUUUCAGGAUGCCUUGAAAAAAAUGAGGAAGAUUGAUGAUAAUAUUAUACAUGCAUUAAAUACAACAAUUCCUACUGAUUCAUUUGCAGCGAAAGGAGUAUCUAAUCAUUGCAAAGAUUUAUAUGAACAGUUAAUAGAUUCUUAUGAAAAGAGAGAACAUGCCUUAAAGAAGUGCAUAGAAAAUGUUUCAGAAGAUGUUAGAAUUCUAAAAGAGAAACGUUUGGCUGAUGCAGAUAAUUUAGUUUUGCUAAAAAAACUCCGUAAAGAACAAACAAAGUUACGACUAAUGCAGAAUGAGCUCAGUGUGGAAGAGGUAGUGAAGGACAGAAGUUUAAAGGUAUUUUAUGAGCGAUGUAGGAAUUAUUUCAAACCUUCCGACUUGAAGCUUUGACGAGAUUGUUGGAAUAUCACAGUUUUUCAUCAUGAAAUAAUCACUCUUCUGAAAUAAUAUCAUUGCUGCUGUUUAUCAUUUUUGUAGUGAAAACAUUUGUAUGAACUGUAAGCAUGAGUAAAGGAGAUAAAUAGAUAGCAUUUUUCAAAACUGUGACCAAUUGUUUUCAAAAUAUUUUUUUCCAUAUAGAUUUUCAAAUUUUUAACUCAAAGCAUUAGUUAUUUUGAUGUGUCUAGUUUUGAAUUAAAUAUAAUUACAAUAAAA